GGUUGAAGUUGGACGACGGCUUUGAGCUUCCAGCAACGUCCCAAUGGCAAAUGGACAGCAGCAGAACAGUGAAAACGACAAGUCUGAACGCAAUGGAAUCAUAGGCAGAUCCUGGAAUGCAUUGUCUGACUUUGUCUCUCCUUUCUCGUCGUCUGCCUUGGCGUCACUGCCCAAGGAUACAGGGAGACCUGCACGCUACACACGCGAGGACCAUAUUCCGGAAACUACCCAGGAUGUCAGCGGAGAUCGACCGGCCAUACGCGACUACCAUGCAAUAACAUCUGUUCCUCCCGUAGUAAGGGUUCCCAAGAAAAUAGCAACCUCCAUCAAGGUGGAAGGAAAAGUCUGGUUUGCGAACGAAAGGACUUGGGUGUCGUGGCUUAACCUGUCUGUUCUCAUCGGUACCUUGGCCCUGGCGCUAUUCAACGCUUCCAAGGACUCAAUCGCUCGGAAUUUCGCAUAUAUUUACGCGCUGAUCAGUAUUGGGGUUUUGGUCUAUGGAUUCUUCCUAUAUCAAGCUCGCAUCACCAUGAUUCGGAAGCGUGAUCCUGGACAUUACGAUCAAAUCAUCGGGCCAGUUGUAAUAAGUGCCCUCCUUUUCUUUGCUGUUCUGGCCAACUUUGUCUUUAGAGUUCGCGAACUGCGGCAGCGGAAUGUUCCUAUUCCCGGGUUAGGCUUCUUGUUUGAUAAUUCAAGUAAUCAGUCCCAUGCGCUCUUUUGAGCUUCAAUGAAUAACUUUCAUGCGAUUCAACUUUCUGAAAUUGCAUGCGACUUUAGGGGUGUGGUAGUGAUAUACCAAGAUGGGGUAUUUUGUCAGCUGAGCUUAGUAUUGCAUUCUAUAUUCUAUUCCUAACAACAAAGGCCUUCUUCCUAUACAUGGCAAAAGACGUCCUAGUCCCCAUAAUACCUGUAUACUAUCAUUAU